GAGCCGCGAUGUCUCCGGCGGCCGCGGCGCCUGGAGUAGGCGACCGGCGGCGGCCGAUAGCGAGCGCCCGGGUCGGCCGAGGCCGGGGCUGGGGCUCCGGCGGGCCAGCGGGGGCGGCGCUCCUUGGACUGUCGCUGUUCGGCCUCGUGCUAUACCUGGUGCCGGCGGCGGCUGCGCUGGCCUGGCUGGCUGUGGGGGCUACCGCGGCCUGGUGGGGACUGAGCCGAGAGCCCAGAGUUUCGCGCCCCUUUCCCCCGCUCGUUCGGAAUUCGCGGCGGCAGCGAACGCUGUUCGCUUCGCCUCCGGCCAAGUCGGCAGUGAACGGAAAUCUCCUCGAGCCGCGGACCCUACUCGAAGGACCGGACCCUGCAGAACUGCUCCUCAUGGGCAGUUACCUGGGCAAGCCUGGCCCCCCGCCGCCUCCCCCGGGUCUGGCGGGCCGAGAGCUGCGAGAGAGGCCCGGCCGCCGCCCACCCGCCCGCACCCCGCAGCCCUCCUACCCUGGCCAUCGCGUCCACCGCCUCCACCCCUCUCCCCCCACGCCUCUUCUCCGGCCCUCUAGGAAGCUGUCCCACCGGGAUUGUGGGACUGUAUCAAAUCGCUUUGUAAUAACACCUCGAAGACGAUAUCCAAUCCAGCAGGCCCAGUAUUCCUUUCUGGGGGUACUUCCCACAGUGUGCUGGAAUGGUUAUCACAAGAAGACGGUGCUUUCCCCUCGUAAUUCCAAGAUGGUGUGCAGCCCAGUGACGGUGAGGAUUGCUCCUCCCGAUAGCAAAUUGAUUCGUUCUCCAAUACCGGAGCAGAUAAUUAGCUCAACACUGUCCUCGUCAUCAGGUAAUACCCCAGACCCAUGUGCGAAAGAGACUGUACUAAGUGCCCUCAAAGAGAGGAAGAAAAGGACAGUGGAGGAAGAAGACCAAGUACUCACUGAUGGUCAGGAAAAUAAAAGAAGGCGCCAUGAUAGCAGUGGGAGUGGACAUUCAGCAUUUGAGCCCCUGGUGGCCAACGGAGUCCCUGCUUCUUUUGUGCCUAAGCCAGGGUCUCUGAAGAGAGGUCUCAAUUCCCAGAGCUCUGAAGACCACUUGAAUAAGAGAUCUCGCACUUCUUCCAUGAGCUCCUUGACGAGCACGUACGCAGGUGGCAUCCCGAGCUCCAGCCGCAAUGCCAUUACCAGUUCCUACAGCUCCACUCGAGGUUUCUCUCAGCUGUGGAAGAGAAGUGGUCCCAGUUCAUCACCCUUCUCCAGCCCAGCCUCAUCCCGUUCCCAAACACCAGAGAGGCCAGCAAAGAAGAUAAGAGAAGAGGAGCUUUGUCAUCAUUCUAGUUCUUCAACUCCACUGGUAACAGACAAGGAGUCCCAGGGAGAAAAAGUUGCAGAUACAACCACACAGAAGAAACAAAACUCGUGGAAUUCUCCGUGUUCACCCGGCAGCUCUGGGCAGCGUAAACGGAAGAUUCAGCUGCUGCCCUCUAGGCGAGGGGACCAGCUGACCUUGCCUCCACCUCCUCAGCUUGGUUAUCCAAUCACUGCCGAAGACUUGGACUUAGAAAAGAAAAUUUCAUUUCAGUGGUUUAACAAGGUCUUGGAGGAUAAGACUGAUGCUGCCUCAAACUCUGUCACUGAGAACCCAACUACCACUCAGCCUUCUUUUAAUUUUACCCUGCCCUCUGCUGAGACUGCUUCCUCACCAGCCCCCCUCCCAUCCACAAGCACUAACCCACUGCUUGAGAGCUUGAAGAAGAUGCAGAAUGCCCCAGCCCCACCAUCCUGCCCAGAGUCUGCUGGAGUGGCAACCACUGUGGCCCUUUCACCUCUGAAGACACCCAGCCUUCCAGUCCCUCUUGGGUCUUCACAGUCAGGGCCUCUUCCAGGCACCUCUUCAGACUCAAAAUCCACAGCCAUUCCGACAGGGCUGAUUCCCGCUGCUUCCACGAUGCCAGUCCCUGAAACCACCAAGUCAACUCCAGCCCCUCAGGCUGAGACAUCUACCACAUCCCAAGCCCCUUCUGCCCCGUUCCCCACCCCUCAGCCAAGCAGUCUGUUGGGAAUGCUGAGCACCCCAACUUCUAACCCUUCUGCUUCUGCAGCUCCUGAUGUGUCUUCAGCAAUUCCCACGUUCAAACCCAUUUUCGCGGCCCCACCCAAAAGUGAGAAUGAAGGCCCCUUGCCUUCUAGUCCUUCAGUUGCAACUGCAACUGUAACAUCUUCCAGCUCUGCCCUUCCCACGACUUCUAGCACCUCAGCCCCCACUUUCAAGCCUAUCUUUGGCAGUCUGGGGCCACCUACAUCUGUGCCCUUGUCCACUCCUUUCUCCUUCAAGCAAACAACUACUCCAGCCACUACCACAACUGCCCCUCUCUUCACUGGCCUGUCCAGUGCCACCUCUACAGUGGCUUCCAUCACCACAGCCAGCACAUCCGCAGACUCAGCUUCGAAGCCUGCUUUUGGCUUUGGUGUGAACAGCGUGACUAACACCACUACUUCCAUCUCCCAGCCUUUCCUCUUCGGGGCUCCCUCUGCCUCUGGUGCCAGCUUUACUCCAGCCGUGGGCUCCAUUUUCCAAUUUGGCAAGCCUCCUGCCAUGUCUGCUUCAACAACAGUCACCACCUUUGGCCCGUCCCUUCCCAGUGCUGUUCAGACAGCCCCCAGUAGCAGCACGGCCAGCUUUAGUGGUUUUGGCAGCACCCUGACCACCUCAGCUCCAGUCACCACCAGCCAGCCCACGCUGACGUUCAGUAGCACCACCAUCCCAGCAUUCAGCAUUCCCUUUGGCACAAGUGCCAAGCCCCCUCUCCCAUCAUAUUCAGGAGCCAACCCCCUGCCUGCAUUUGGGGCCACUGAUGGGCAGCAGCAGGGGGCCACCAAGCCAGCCCUUGUCCCCAGCUUUGGCAACUCUUUCACUUUUGGAAACUCUGUAGCCCUGGCUACAACUGCAGCACCAACCCCAGCCCAGCCAAACUUUGGCAGCACCACACAGUCAGCUUUUGGUGGUUUGAAAUCCACAGCUUCUACCUUUGGUGCCCCUGCCAGCACCCAGCCAUCCUUUGGCAGUACCACACCUGUUUUCUCCUUUGGUGCAGCCACCACCUCUGGCUUUGGAGCUACAACCCAAACCACCAGCAGUGGGACAAGUAGCUCAGUGUUUGGCAGCACAACUCCUUCGCCCUUCACGUUUGGGGGGUCGGUUGCCCCAACCAGCAGCGGGGGCUUUGGAAUCAGUGUGGCCACCCCAGGCACCAGCUCCACCUCUGGAGCUUUCAACUUUGGAACAGGACAGAGCGGGACCACUGGCACCACAACACCCUUUGGGGGAGCCUUGAGUCAGAGCACCUUGGGCACACCCAGCCAGAGCACGCCCUUUGCCUUCAGUGUGGCCAGUACGCCUGAGAGCAAACCUUUGUUUGGAGGCACUUUGACACCCACCUUUGGUCAGAACAGCUCUGCCCAUGGAGUGGGCACAUCAGGCAGCAGCCUCUCCUUUGGGGCGUCCUUAGCACCUGCCCAAGGCUUUGUUGGAGUCGGGUCAUUUGGAUCGACGGCCCCUUCAUUUUCCAUUGGUGCAGGAUCCAAGACCCCAGGGGCUCGACAGCGACUGCAGGCCCGAAGGCAGCACACCCGCAAGAAAUAGCCUUUGUCCCUUGCCCCCAUUCCCUCCAACCCCCACCCGUUUCUGGACCUCGGCACCUGCUGGGAAGAGCCUCUGCCCCUUCUAGUUCCAAAAAACAAACCUACCCCAGGUUCUCUGUCUUCAGCCACGAAGGAGGUAGUGGCAGCCCUGGGGGCCUUUUCCCUCCUCCGUGAGGAAGCAGAAGCCUCAGGCCUCUUGAAGGAGCCAAGGCAGAAGCCAGCGCCUGUACUUGAACAGUUCCACUGGUGAGGCUGGAGAACUAAAACAUCUGUACAUAUUGUCGCUUACUUCCCUGACUCUUGUUUUUAGUGUGUAAGCUUAGUCAGGCAGCCACCCUUCCCACCUUUUCCCCAAGAGCCCUCAUUCCGGAGGGGAGAAGAUCCAGCCCUUACCCACUUGCAUCCCUGGGUUUGCAUCAGAUGGGAGUGGGGAAAACAGAUUAUCCCUAAAGCUUUACCUUGCUUGGCUUGGCUAAAAGCAGUUCUCUUCCUCUGUCCCUUUAGGGGACUGUUUCCCCAUUUAUUGCUGCUUUGUCCCUCACCGGUUCCUUGCAGAUCUAUUCGUUUUAAAAUGAUCUUGAAUCUCGCUUUGCCUUGGAGACCCAUGGGUUCUGUAACUGCUGUCGCUUCCUCCUGCUAAGUCUGAGUUAGUGUUUCAUCCCCAACUCUCUGCCAGUGGCCCCCAAAGCUUGGUGGCUCAAGACUGUUAACCUGGCAGCUCCAGAGGUGACACCUCGCUCCAGGAGAGGGAAGCCCUUGGACCAGUUUUCCCCCAGCUGCAGAGCAGGCAGGAUGCCCACUGCUGCUUUCAGCUGCCUCCGCUCCACCCGCUCUUCCCGGUCUGCCUCAUUGGGCCCACGUCUGCCUUUUCUGGAGUGUAUGUUAAAGCCUUGUCCUGUGUUAUGUUGUCUGAUACUCAUAUCUAUUGCUCUUUGAAUCGAGUUUGGAGGAAGAAUUGAAUUGUAUGAGUGGCGGCAUGUUGGUAGUGCCGGACUUAACUGUUUCAAGUUUUCUGGAGCCUAGAUAAUUGAAUGUGGAAAGUAGCACUUGACAGCUGCUAGUGCUGACUCUUGAAUUUUCAGACGGUGUUUGGACUUUAAGGGCUGGCAGCCCAGGGGGAUGGGGCCCCCGGGGAGCAAAGACCUCUGCCCUCUGCUGUCUCCCUCCUCAUCUGUCACUCAUCCCUGGGAAAUGUUAGGACACUGAAACUAACAAGUCCUACUUUAAAACUGUAUCUUAGUUUUCCCAAAUCAAGCCCUCUCCAACCACAGCCCUUCCCCUUUUCUUCCUUUGCUUCCAAACCACAUACCCCAGGCCCAAGAGCCUCGCUGCCAUGCCCAUCCUCUUUGGGAGAAGUAUGAAUGCGUGUGUCUAAAUUAAAAGAAAAAAAAAUAUUUAAGCAUUUUUUAACAAAAUAAAAAUUUAUUUUUAUAUUUAAGCUAAAUUGCCUUUUAAAUUCCUUCAAGCUUGGUUCAUUGAGGUGGUUAAGUAAAGCUAUUGACUAGGAGUUAGCUGUAGAGUUAAGUUAUGCCUGUGUGAAGAAGCUUAAGUGCUGUCCCAGGCGGUGUUCCUGAGGGACCAGAGCUUCUUCUGGACACAUCAUAUAAAAUGUAACUCUUAUUUUAUAAUAAUGUGAUGUAGAUGUACAAGUCCCCCCCAACCCCCUUGUGACUGAGGUUGAAUGUUUUGUGGCAGGGGACUGCUCUCCCCACCCCCCAAGAAGAGCUCUAGAGUCUACCGUGUUAAUCCUUAACUGUGGGAGCCAAGGAGGGAGCUUGAACCUCGAUUCCCGAAUACCUGUUAGGAUGGGAGGGGUGGGGGUGUGGCUCAGGCAUAGAAAUCAAGCUUCUACCCACCUGUACCUUAUGUAAGGUAGAACCCCUUAGUUAUAGGACUCUGAGCUAGUCAUACCUCAUUCCACAGGCAGGACAGUUGGUCCAGGAGCCCCCCCCAGAGGGUGUCCUGGCAUAGCCUGCGUGAGUGUGUGUGAGUGUGUACACAUACGUGCACUGAACGGGACAGGAACAGGAAACUGGGUCUUUCCAUGACAAAUAAAGACUUAAUUCCUGUUGAGUCUAGUUGGAAUUCUUAGUAUGAAUGUGCAAGUUUUCUCCUUGCUUAUGUCAUUAAGAAUAAAAAGAAACUGUGAUCUAUCGUA